AUGUCGGGGUUUUUCAUGUCUGAUAGCAAAGGUUCUGCAUCAAAACCUAGAAAAAGACAAGCUAAAUCGUCCCAGGUAAGGAAAUUUAUGGUAAAAGAGUCAAUUUUGAAGUAAUUUUUUGGCUUUGGUCGCAUUUUGGAGUAAAUCUGAUCUUUCGAUUGAGUUCCAGUGGUUAAACAUAAUACUCACGUGGUUUCUAUCGUUCACAAACAUUUUACUGCAUUUCACAGAUUUCUGGGUUCAGAAAUAAGAAGCAAAGGGGUAAACAGUCUCUAUCAAAAACGGAACAUAUAGAUGAAGAUGAAUUCGGGAGCGAUUCAGAUGUUCCAAGGUAUGAUCGUUCUGAAAACGCUAUCGAGUGAGUUAUUUACUAGACAAGUACUGAGAAAUCGUGCAGCUGUGUUCGAACGAUUGAUCAUGGAUUUAUAUUAUCGUAAGAACAUGAAAAGGCUUAACCUUUUAACCCCUUAGAUUGAUUAUCAUCUAAAUUUUCUUUACAUUAUCACCCCUGAAUUACACAUUAAGGUCGAGAGAAUAAAAAAAAAUGAUCACUAACGUAUUAAAGAAGCUCUUGAUCGUUAUACAAAUUCUUCUUGUCAGCCCUUGAGGAAAUGUAUAGAGAACAGUAUGGAGAAUAAGCACACUGAUGUCAGUUUGUAACAGGUCGAGGAAAGCUUAUAAUUAUUCCCAAGAUUGUAGAUUUUAUCAACCCCUUAAUUUUUUAGCCGUGGAGGAGCCAUUUUUUGUUCUAUAUGAAUUUAACUUCUUGUUUUGGGCUGGACAAUUUUCAAAUGGCUUCAAAUUUUAGUUUAGUUUGGUUAGAUGAUCACAUUUCUCUAUUAUGAGUUAAUUUUAAUCUUUCUUUUAGUGACAAAGUGGAAGACAUACCUGGAGAAGAAGAGAGUAGUGAUCAUGAGACAGCACAAGAAAAACGACUUCGCCUUGCAAAGCAGUACCUUGCACAAUUAGAAAAAGAAGGUGAUUGCUCUUGCUAUAAAUAAUUACCCAUUGAGAACUUAAAGAUGGUGAAUUUCAGUUUAACCCUUUAAGUCCCACUAAUGACCUAGACAGAAUUUCUCCUUACACUAUCAGUACUAUAUCAAGCAAACAAGUGAUGAGAAUAAAGAAAAAUAUCAAUUAGGGGAUUAUUGGUUGAUCUAAUUCAAAAUUCUCCUAACAAACAUCACAAAAUUGUAUGGCAGACAGUAAGGAGAAUUACUAAUGAAAUCUUGGGAUUUAAAGGGUUAAUUAUAAAUCAAUAAAACAUUCAGCUACAGCUUAAGUCUUUGAUACCAGAAUCCUGAACUUAACUUUGUGUUUCACUGCAUUUUAACCUGCAGAUCUUUUUGUACAGUAUUUUUUUCUGUAUAUUUAACAAUUAUUCCUGGAAGGCAAAGUGAAUAUUGUUGAAUAAUGCUUAGGGGAUUAUUAAACAAUACUCACUAAGCCUGAGGCAGAUAAGUUUAUUAGUAUAAUUGCUCAGUUGCUUUCAAAUUCUGUGGUAAAUUUGCUUUGUUGUUGAAACCAUUCUUAAAAUUGUUUUAAUUGCUUGUACUGAGAUGAGCAGCCAGUCUCCAAUGAAACUCAAAGGGCCUUUUUUUAAUAAACUUAGCAGAACAAUGCAUGGUCACCUAUCCGAAGGAUUAAAAUUGACCAGUCACAAUUGAUGCGGGCUACUGGAGUGACAUGUCAAGUAAUAUCGCAAAGGCAAACUGGCCAAUCAGUUUUCAUGAACCAGGCUAAAAGCGCUCAACUGACAAACAACUCAUCUUCUUGACUCUGUCUAUGACUUCUGGUUUGGUUGUCAAGGUACCAGUGGUUAUCUAAGACAGAAGUUAUUUUCAGGACUAUUGUCAUCCAGAUAACCAAACUGCAUGAUAAGAUAUGGGAUGAAUCCUUGGGUGAGAGUAAGUACUGUUUUCAAUGCCAAGGUUUCAAAAGUUAGAGUUGAGAGCAUCAACAUCAGAGAAAGAAAAAAAAUUAACAUACUUUUGAGUUUUACAUCCACCUGGAUAAUUAUUCUGCACUGCUUAUUUUAAUAUGCAGGGUCUAAUUCUUUGCACUGAAAUUUUUGAUGUUCCUGUGUUAAUUUUUUUCAGAACAAGAAAAGAAAGAGUCAGAUGACAUAGACCAUGAUGCUAUAGCUCACAGACUGAAACAGGAUGUUGUAUGUAUAAUACUUGAAUAUCUAUUUUUCAGUUAUAAUAGAUUGGGCACCUUUCAUGAUUCAGAACUGUUUUCAGACAUAUUACUCGAUAAAGGUAUAGUUUUGACAGCUGAAAAUUUCACCCUCCAACUGUAAUUCUUUGAUUUUUCUUGCAGCUUGAGCAAACAGGCAGGUUUCAGAAAAGAGUGGCCUCACAGGUAUAAAAUUGUUAGACAAGUCCUUCCACUGUAAAAUUCACUCAUUUUUUAUUUGCUGGAGCAAACCCUAGAGGACAACAAGUUCAUUAUCUGGCUAUUUACAAAACUUGUAAUAUGUGAUAUGUUGUAUUGAUUGGGGUGGUUUGAAUGUGUGUUUAGCAAAGAACAAUUUUGAGUUUUUUCUUGAAAGGAAUCCAGGACUGCUCUGGUUUACAGUCAGAACUGACCUGUAAACAAUUGCAGUGUACAGAAAAAACAAUGAUAUUAGGCAAAGAGUAUGGCCUAUGGGGCGUUUCUCUUUGUAGAAUGAUUGUCAUGGAUGGAAACUGUAGCUUGUAAAUUUUCAUUUUUUUCCUUAGUACACUCAACCCUCCCCUGCUGCUAUCAGAGUUCUUAAAGGUCAUCAGUUAUCAGUCACCUGUCUCUGUGUGUCACCAGAUGACAAGUUUGUCUUUUCUGCUUCAAAAGACUGCUCAAUUAUCAAAUGUAAGAAAAUGUCCUUUUGAUUUAACAGGGUAAUUGAGUAUUAUUGAUUGAGUUGAUAAUGCUCUGAUGAAGGGUUAAUGCUUGAAAUGUCAACUUCAAAACUCUUCACGGUGGCCAAUUUACAUCAUCAACUCAGUUGAUAAUACUCAAUUACCCUGUUAUACUCUCCUACUGAUGCAGCACCACUGUUUCUUAGAAAUUUACUCCUUUUGUUCUUUUUCACUAAGCCGACCCAUUACCUAAAGUACACGUUCACCUUCUUUUCAUCAGCAUUAAACAGUGACAUGUAUAGACAGCUACUUGGUUUAUAGUUUGAAUUCCACAACAUACACUGUGCAUACUCUGUCUCCAAACAAAACAAAAAAAGUAAUUUCACACAGGUACUAUAAUUAUUUAUGAACAGAUUAGGAAUCUGCCUCAAAGACUUCUCUCUCUCUUUGCUCCCACAGCUGGUUACCUGUUUUAGUUUCUUUUAUCCUGUAAUGUAGCAUAGCUUUUCUUUUUUUACUUAUUUCUUCUUUUCUUUUACAAUUCACUUUCCCUCCUCCUUUCUCUUGGAUUAGGAAUCUCUUCAUAUAUCCUCUUCUCGUGGACUCCACCCCUAUUCUUCCUUUGUUCAUUUCCCCUACCAUGGUUAUGGAAAUGAAAAUUAAAAGAUGUUUCUAAGACGGUUCAUUUGUUCACAGGGAAUAUUGAAACAGGCCUGAAGGAGGGUAAGAUCCCAGGUUGUCACAAGGCCAGUGGAGGAAGCAAAGGCCAUAAAGGACACAUUCUCUGUCUUGCUGUUACUUCUGAUGGAAAGUUUCUGGUGAGGAAAACCAUCUGGGCAUAAAAUAAUAACAUUGUAAACUUAAAGGUCAACUGUUUCUGGUAUUUCAUUUUUGAUGAUAAAAGUAGCUCAUUGAAAUAUAGGCCCCAAAGCUUCUUAUUUAUGGUUUGACAGAGUAAUACUCUAAGCUGCUUUUGGCAACAUGUAAAAUCAACUCAGAUAAAAUAAAAGUACUGAAAAAAAAUUGAUAAUAGGAAGAAUGACCAAAGAGGUACAGGAAGGUCUGUGUUGCUCAAAGCAUGAAAACAGUUCUACUUUGGCUGUUGAACUUACAGGUGUACAGGUGGUGUGUAAAUUCUCAAGGCCAAACUACUGUUUUUGUACUUUAUUUCCCUCAGGCUAGUGGAGGUAGAGAUAAAAUAAUUCACAUCUGGGAUCCUGAUUCACUUCAGCAUGUUCAUACAUUCAAAGGUCACAAGGAUGCUGUCUCAGUGAGUCUUACUUAUUAUUGUUUGAAGCACUGUCCUUUUUACAAAACUUGGCUCUUGAUUAAACUGUUUCAUGUUUCCUCUCUCUUUUUUUCACAGGGUUUAGCCUUUAGGCGAGGAACCCAUCAGCUCUUUAGUUGCUCCCAUGAUCGCACAGCAAAAAUCUGGAAUUUGGAUGAGAUGGCCUACGUAGAAACUCUGUGAGUUUUAGUUGUUUAGUAGAUGGCAUUUUUUUUCUCCAUUCUUAUUGAAUUAUCUUAUGCUUUUUAUGACUACUAGCUUUGGACAUGAAGAUGGUGUAACAGCUAUUGACAGCUUGACGCGGGACAGAGCUGUGAGUGCAGGAGGCAGAGACAGAAGUCUUCGUGUCUGGAAAGUUGUGGAAGAAUCACAAUUAGUGUUCAAUGCACCAGGAAAUAUGUAAGUUAAGAGUUAUGUUGACCUCUCAUGAAUUGUAAUGCAAAGCACAAAAUUCUAAAAAUUAACUGUUUAGGACCAAAACAAAGUACUUAUGUUUGUUUGUAUUAGACCAGAUACCCAUUUUCAUCAAAUUCAAAUCAGAUUUCCCUCAGCUUGCAAACAUCUCUGUAUUAGAUUACACCCCAGUUUUGUAACAAUGUGAACAUUUUAAGGAUUUUCAUAAAAUUGUGCCAAAAAAUUAUCCUGUGAAGAUCAGCUCCUUCAGACUGUGAAAUUUUGACCUUUUAAUUUUUUAAUAGUGUUCAUUCUCCCUUUCCCCCUCCCCCCCAGUCCUUUAAUUUCUUUCCUUCAUUAAUUUCAUCAUCUUGCAGUUGAUAUUGUUGCUAACUGACAUUAUGCACUAUCAUUUACAGAGGGUCCCUUGAUUGUGUACAGUUAAUAAAUGAUGAGCAUAUGGUUUCUGGUGCAGACAAUAGGCAAGUAUGAAGUACCUGGCCUUCUUCUUUGUCUUAUUUCAUGUAAAUACAAAUUAUUUCUCUGAGCUGUGUUCUUUUAGCAUCUACAGUAAAUGAAACAAUAAUCAUUUGAAAAUAAAAAUUUAUAAAACUUAAGUUGAGAAGUCUAGGCACCAUGAGUCUCAUUAGUUUCUGCAUUUUUAAUUUUGAAAUUCCUGAAUACUCUUUUUUUUUUAAAUUUCAUUUAGUUUCUUAUCCCAUUAAUUUCAUUUUGCCAACAGCUCACUCUCCCUAUGGAGUGUUUCAAAGAAAAAGCCAUUAUGCACAGUACCAAAUGCUCAUAGUAAACCAGAUGGCAGUUCAGAUGACAGUAUUCCAGAUGAAAGUUGGAUAACAUCAAUUGCAUCACUACGAAGUACAGAUCUCUUGGCUUCAGGUAAACUAGGAGAACUUUUGGGAUAAGUCAUUCAUACUGUCAUUUUCAUUCAUCCUAAAUAUGACUUGCACUGAGAUUUUUGUCAAAACUGUUUGGUUGACGAUGGUAUAAAAACUUGAAUUUUGAGACAAAGAUAGGUAGUACAUCAGAAGUGAUGUCUCUGGAAACUUUUGCCAGCAGGUUCUUGUGAUUCAUGUAUCAAACUCUGGGAAUGUGGUGAUGGAUUCAGAAGUCUUAAGCAGCUCUUCUCUGUAUCAAUGGUAAGCAUGUCAAAAUAUUUUGUCUUUUUCCUGAAAUGUGCAAAACUACUGGUGUCUCGAGGGGAAACCACAUAAUACCAUCAUGUAGCAUGAGAAUCUUACUUUCAGAUGUUUAAGAUUGUCCUUGUUCCAUUAGAGGCCACAGAAAGAAAAAAGGCAUGCCUCUUGACCCCCUCACUACCAAGAUCUCUUUAGUUAUUCUGCAUUCUGUAUACCAUACAAUGCUUACAACAUUGAUUCUGAGAAUUUAGCAUUGGAUCAAAUGAUGAUAUCCUGAUUACCGUAAUUUCCGGCCGUUUACCCACAGGUAAUCUGUUGAUUUUGCAUUAAACGCGCGCCACUGCAGGCAAUCAGGAGAUGUGGGUUAUGUGACAAUUUUAAAAUCUACUGGUUGAAUUGAAAAAACUUCUCACCUACAUGUGUUUCCCCUCUCAAGUGAAUUCUAUUGUAUUAAGAGUGCCACAGAGCGGCACGAAAACAUGAUGCUGACUCGAGUUUAUUUCACUAGUAGUUAGUUGCGUGACGAACAAAUUGUUAUCGGCAUGCGUGAAAACAAAACCUUGAUGGUGACAAAAAUAAUCCAAAGAUAUCCGGCACAUCUGUAACAAAUUUCCAUUUAUCUCUAGCUUAUACUGUGAGGAGAAAGUAUGCUUUGGUCAUUGGUGGGAGUAAAAGGAAUUCCUUUCAUGCUCACGAGAUUUGCAUGAAUUUUUGAACAAGUUUUUUUUAUUAUCAGGGAUUGACAGGUUUAUUUAUUGUAGUUAUUAAUAAUUUUUUUGUCAGGUUGGCUUUGUAAAUGCUUUAGCUUUUUCCAACGAUGGAAACAAUUUGAUAGCUGGCAUUGGACAAGAACACAGGCUGGGUCGAUGGUGGAGACUGAAAAAGGCAAAAAACUGUGUUUGUGUAAUACCCCUGCAGAGAACAGUGCAGAAUGGAGUCCAUGCUUAAAGUCUGCACAUUUAAGAACCAGUGGAACAUAUGUUGUUUGAUCAACAGUGGCACUGAACCACAGGAUAUUUAUUUAUUGCAGGAUAACAAGCUGUUGAAUAACAUUCCAUUUAAUUUGCAUGUUAU